UUCCCCGUUGCAGAGAACCCCAGUAAGUGGGUACUGGCGGCGGCAGCCCCUGGCUUACGGGAACCGGUCCGCCCCCCGGGAACUUGCGAGGUAUUUAUGUGGACGCCGAAGAAUUCGGUGCCGAACGUGUGUUUGUGCGCGCGCUGAAGGACGGGAACUUUCACUGCCUUCUAGAAUUGAAAGGAUAUGGAAUAUUAUCUUGUAAAAUGGAAAGGAUGGCCAGAUUCUACAAAUACUUGGGAACCUUUGCAAAAUCUCAAGUGCCCAUUACUGCUUCAGCAGUUCUCUAAUGACAAGCAUAAUUAUUUAUCUCAGGUAAAGAAAGGCAAAGCAAUAACUCUAAAAGAAAAUCACAGAGCUUUGAAACCUGCCAUUGCUGAAUACAUUGUAAAGAAGGCUAAACAAAGGAUAGCUCUGCAGAGAUGGCAGGACGAACUCAACAGAAGGAAGAAUCACAAAGGAAUGAUUUUUGUUGAAAAUACUGUGGACUUAGAGGGCCCCCCUUCAGACUUCUACUACAUUAAUGAAUACAAACCAGCUCCUGGAAUCAGCUUAGUAAAUGAAGCCACCUUUGGUUGUUCAUGCACAGAUUGCUUCUUUGAGAAAUGUUGUCCUGCUGAAGCUGGAGUUCUUUUGGCUUAUAAUAAAAAUCAACAAAUUAAAAUCCCACCUGGCACCCCCAUUUACGAAUGCAACUCACGGUGUCAGUGUGGACCCGAUUGUCCCAACAGGAUUGUCCAAAAAGGCACACAGUAUUCACUUUGCAUCUUUCGGACCAGCAACGGCUGCGGCUGGGGCGUAAAGACCCUCGUGAAGAUUAGGAGAAGGAGCUUUGUCAUGGAAUAUGUCGGAGAGGUAAUCACAAGUGAAGAAGCUGAAAGACGGGGGCAGUUAUAUGACAACAAAGGAAUCACAUAUCUCUUUGAUCUGGACUAUGAAUCUGAUGAAUUCACAGUGGAUGCAGCUCGAUAUGGAAAUGUGUCUCAUUUUGUGAAUCACAGUUGUGACCCAAAUCUUCAGGUGUUCAACGUUUUCAUUGAUAACCUCGACACCCGUCUUCCCCGAAUAGCAUUAUUUUCUACGAGAACUAUAAAUGCUGGAGAAGAGCUCACUUUUGAUUAUCAAAUGAAAGGUUCUGGAGAUAUAUCUUCAGAUUCUAUUGACCACAGCCCAGCCAAAAAGAGGGCCAGAACUGUGUGCAAAUGUGGAGCUGUGACUUGCAGAGGUUACCUCAACUGAAUUUUCAGGAAAUAGAACUGAUGAUGAUUAUAGUUUUUUUCCUAAUGUUACCAUUUUUAAAAAAUAAGUAUUUGGGACUCUUUUCAUAUUAUCAAGAUUAUACACUAUGUUAAUUUACAAUUCGUGUUUCAAACUAUUGGCCAAAUGCAUUACUGAUGCUUCUGAAGAGAGGAACACAGGGUCACAUAGACUAAUUUGAAAUAUACAUAUUCAAACUAUUUACAGAUCUGUGUAGAAGUCUGUGUGAAUAGAGAAAUGCCUCCUUCGGUGUUUAAGCGUUAAACUAAUGAUGUAACAGUCACUAAGAUCAAAUAUUCGACUUGCCAUACACCUUGAAUUUAGAGAAAUAGAGUUAAUUCUUAUUGGACAAAUAUACAAGUUCUAUUUUUGUUAUUGUCAUUCCUGUUUACCUACUUAUUACUCAUUGUACUUGUAUUUGAGACAAAUAGGUGAUACUGAAUUAUACUCUAUUUUCUACUUUCAUUAAAACAUUGAGAUCUUAAUGAUAUAGAAAUUUAAGGUCUAAAAUUAAAUGUAAAAA